GAUAGAUAUGCCUACAGAACCAACCAGAGUAUCAAGACUGCCAAGGUGCAGGAGUCUUUAAUGGCGGUGGCAGUAAGCUGCAGCCGCCUACUUAGGCAAGCCAAUGCGCAGAGGCUGGAAAUUGCAAUAAGAUCGGCUUCUUGGUCGCCAGUGCAGUACAGCAGCGGAGACUUCUCCAACGAAGCAAACUACGAGCUCCCCCAGCCGAUGCUGUUAACACUUAAUUAAACUUCCCCCGGAGUGGCUUAAUUGUUAUUAUAUCAUCCGACCUGGGCCGAAAGAUCGAAGAACCCAGAAUGUCGCCCACUCCGUCGAUUAACAGUGAUGGGAAGCCCCAGAACGGUGAUGUUGCGGAAUUAGGCAGGGAAGCGACAAGGAGGAAGGACGAGUCCCGUAGGGACGACGCCAGCGACCGAACGAAGCGGCGACAUCGCAUGGGCAAGGCUGCCAGAGACCCGAGGGAUGAGCCGGAAUCCUCGAGGCCCACAAAGGUGUUGAAAUCGGAUGGAAAGGAGACGAGAUCGCCGACUCCGAUGAUAGACUUUGAUGGUUUGAGUCGGCCUAGCAUCGGAACUCGGGCAAGACUUGAAGAGUCUCCCGAGCAAGGCGCAGAACGACUCGCCAAGAUGCGCGGUGCGGUGCGGACCAUCCUCGAAUGCGUCGGCGAAAACCCCGAUCGACCGGGCCUCCUCGAUACCCCGAAACGAUACGCCAAUGCAAUCAUGUACUUUACGAACGGCUAUCAGCAGAACGUCCGAAACGUUGUCAACGACGCCAUCUUCCACGAGGGGCACAACGAGAUGGUCGUUGUCAAGGACAUUGAGAUUUUCAGCAUGUGCGAGCACCACAUGGUACCGUUCACGGGGAAGAUGCACAUCGGCUACAUCCCAUACCACUCCGUCAUCGGCAUUUCGAAGCUGUCCCGAAUCGCCGAAAUGUUCAGCCGGCGCCUGCAAAUCCAGGAGAGACUGACCAAGGAGGUUGCAAACGCCAUUAUGGAAGUGCUCCAACCGCAGGGUGUAGCCGUGGUCAUGGAAUCGAGUCAUCUAUGUAUGGUGAUGCGGGGCGUGGAGAAGUCGACGGCGACAACUAUCACUAGCUGCGUGCUAGGCUGUUUCGAGAAGAAGGAGAAGACUAGGAAUGAGUUCCUGGGCUUUGUUGGCGUCAACAGGCGAUAAUAAAACCGGACGACCCCCACCACGAUUGGGGGGAUGCGGAACAUGGAGACUGUAACACGGACGGGAGCCGGCGGAUUCCACAGCAAUUCCAACUUUCACGAUGACCAUAUUGAAGGGGAAUCGUUGGAGGGCGGCUAGGUCAUGUUAGGCUAAACUAGGUUUAUUUAUCGUCUUGUAGCGAGUGCUGUCCCACUCUCACCUCCCUGGGGUUAUCAAACGUGCU